GUAAAGAGUUUGUCUAAAAAUUUUUGGUUGCCCAAUGGUAGUGACUGGCUUGACAACCCUUCCAAGGAGUAUAUGUGGGAAGGAAAAAUGGGAAGAGGAGGGGAGGAAGAAUCGAUGUUUAGUCGAAGCGAAGACAUAAAAUGUUGUAUGGGGGAGCGAAUGAAGUGGUGGCAAAAAAAGGAAUUGGCUGCGUGCGUCAUUGCUAAAAUUUUUGCUGUAGUAAUGAGGGGGAGUUUAGAGAAAGAAAAGUCGGGGAUAGAGAAAGAGUAUAUAUAUGUCUCUAACUCUUCAACAAACUUCUCUUUUUAA